AUGGCCGCCCAGCUUGCGAACCGUCUCAUUGUACCGGUUGCAAUUGCUGCCACGGUUGUGCAAGCCAGCAUCUAUGACGUUCCCGGAGGGUACAGGGCAGUUAUGUUUGACCGGUUUUCUGGUGUGAAGGGCAAGGCUUCUGCUGAGGGAACCCACUUCCUUGUCCCCUGGCUGCAAAAGGCCGUCCUUUACGAUUGCCGCAUCAAGCCUAGGAACAUCUCUACCACCACUGGUUCGAAGGAUUUGCAGAUGGUGUCCAUCACCCUGCGUGUGCUCUCUCGUCCGGACGUCGAACACCUCCCUCAGAUUUACCAGAGCCUUGGUCUUGACUAUGACGAGAGGGUGUUGCCUUCCAUUGGGAACGAGGUGUUGAAGAGUAUCGUUGCCCAGUUCGAUGCCGCGGAGCUCAUUACUCAGCGUGAAGUGGUGUCAUCACGCAUACGCGAAGAUCUUCUCCAACGCGCAGGAGAGUUCAACAUCGUUCUUGAAGACGUGUCCAUCACGCAUCUCACGUUCGGAAAGGCGGUUGAGGCGAAGCAGAUCGCUCAACAAGAUGCGGAGCGCGCAAAAUUCAUUGUUGAGAAGGCGGAGCAAGAACGUCAGGCGGCAGUCAUCCGAGCGGAAGGCGAGGCGGAGGCGGCCUCAACCAUCUCUCGCGCGUUGGCCAAGGCUGGCGAUGGCUUCAUUGCGUUCAGGAAAAUCGAGGCGAGCAAGGCGAUCGUCCAGUCGCUCGUGACGAACCCGAACGUUACGUACCUUCCAAGCGGCGGUGGGAACGUGCUGUUGAACGUGCCGACACCCCCUCUCUUCCCUCGCAAGCAGUAG